AUAUUGUAUGUAUUCUUAGGGUUAGAUUUUGGAAAGAAAUGUUUUUUUGAAAAAUUAAUUUUUUACAUAUAUGUGUUUAUUUUUUGUAUAUAGUAAACAUUUUUUAAGUUUAAUUUGAUUGUAUGAAGUGUUUAGUUAGUUAAUUUAGUUUAAGGGGUUAUGAUUAGGGUCUAGACGACUAACAGGUAAGUCGUCUGGCGAUUAGUAUUAUCGGUUAGAAGACUUCUUUGAAAGUCUUCGAACUCCCGCUAAAACUAUUUUUGUUUCCGGGUAAAAAUAUUGAAGUUUUUCGGACGACUUAUAAGUAAGUCGUCUAGGAAGUCUUCUAUUCGAAGACUUACUUAAAAGUCUUCUGAAUCGAAAAUAUUUAACCUAAUUAGAUUUUUUUUUCAUAUAUAAAGCAAAAUUUACAUAUUCUCUCUACUACUCUCAAAUGGCUGCAACAAAAAUGUAAUGUUCCUCAUUCUAAGACUUUCCAACCUCUCUCUAAUUUCUUUGAACAUCUAAACACUAAACUUUAUAUCAAUUUAUUGUUUUGUCUCAUGUCUUUCUCACUAAUUUAUCUUGUUUUUUCAAGUUUUUCAUCACAUGGUUCUCAUUUUCCACUUAUUUAAAGGUAUAUCUCUUAAUUUUAGAUAUGUAUUUUUUUGUGUGUUCUAUACAGGUAAUUCUAUCAAAUUUUCCACUCAUUUUCUCUCUUUUAAGCCAUUUGAACGUUUUUGGAUAUGAAGGUUUUUCAGAUCUGGAAGACUUUUAGGAAGUCUUCUCGGAAGUCUUCUAAUAUAUAAUGUGCUAGAAGACUUCGAAGAAGUCUUCCAGGAAGUCUUCUGACAGAGUCUUCUCUCAUGUCUCUUUUUCAUAACAGAUCUGAGCGUUUUGGUAAUUUUUUAUGUCUGGUUUUUCUUCAUUUGGUAACCUCCUUUUGCAUAAAGUUCUUAUAUUUUUCCCAAACUAAAACUCUCCAAAACCACUCUAAUCUCUUUGAUUUGAUAACACCAAAUUUUAUAUGUAUUUUUCAUUUUUGUCUCAUGUCUUUCUUACUAAUCUAUUUUUUUGUUGCAUAUUUUUAAUCAGAUGGUUUUCAUCUUCCACUUGGAUAUGAACGUUGUGUGUUCUAUAAAAGUAUAUCUAUAUAAUCUUCUACUCAUUUUAUCUGUUUUUAAGCCAUUUUAACGUUUUUUGAUAAUCAGAUUUUUCAGAUCUUGAUUUGGAUAUGCAGAUUUUUCAGAUCUGAAACACUUCUGGGAAGCCUUCUCAGACAUUUUCUAAAAUAUAAUGUGCUAGACGACUUCCAGAAAGUCUUCCAAAUGACUUCUUGGAAGUCUUCUUCCAUAUGAAGUGGAGUCCAAACUUGUCUUUCUAAAUGAACGAUCUAUAAUAGUUUUGUUUGUGAUCUGUUUUGUGAUUUGCAUGUGUAUUCUUUUAGUGUGAUUUAUUUUGUAAAUUUGAAGAGAUAUUAAUGAAAUUUUUUUGAUAAAUGUGUUCAUUUUCGACAAUAUUAUCUUGCCAAAAUUACUUGAUAUAAUUGAUGUUACUGAUACAACUUCAAUAGCAAAACACAACAACACAAAAAAUUAAUCAAAUUUAUUACAAAUAAGGGAGAAGAAUUCCUCAGAAAACUUAGUUAAAUUCACAAAAGAUAAAACAUUACAUAAGUUCAAAGAUAGAACACUUUCAUUAGAAGUCUUCUGGGAAGUCGUCUCGAAAGACUUAAAUUUAAAGCGAGAAAUUAUAUAAGCGGCAAAUUUAAGCGGAAAACUCAAAAUUUUAAGUGAAAAUUGAAAUUUCAAAUUUCAUGAAAGUUAAAAAGUGUAUCUUAUGAUCUAAGAAGACACAUUAAACCAUGUUACUUGAUAUUCAUGAAGUUACUUAACACUUUUAAAAAUUAAAUAAAUAUAUCUUAAAGUUACUUAACAAAUUUUAAAAAACUAACAUAAAAGACUUCCAUGACGCAUACGACAUGAAUGUUGGUAAACUCAUAACUAAAACCAAUUAAGUUAUGAAUUUCAUUCAGGAACUCAAAUAUCGAGUAAUAUACAUUAAUUAGCAAGAAAAAAAUUAAAAAGUCUUUAUAGUCUUAGAGAAAAUGAAAGUUUAUUAAACAUUGACGCAUACGACAUCCACGGAGGUCGUCUGGUAGAAUUCUAGGAAGUCGUCUAUUUAGGUUAGUUUUGCAAUUGAUUUUUAACUUAGACGAUUUACAUGGAAGUCGUCCAUCUUUGUUUGUUAAAAAAAAAUUCGAGACGACUUCCAUGUAAGUCGUCUAGGGUAAACGGGUUAGUUUUGCAUUUGACCGGAUUGUGUUAGAAAUUUCACUUUUCCUCGACGACUUACACAUAAGUCGUCCAUGAGAAAUUUAAAAGAUCAAUAUGUUGUUAUACCUGAACGACUUCCAUGUAAAUCGAUUUGAGGUGCAUUCAAAGCUUCAAAUUGAUUGUUCAUGGUGGUUAAUGUACUGAUGGUAAUGGUAAUCUUGUAAAUGCUUGAAGAUGAUGAGGUUGAGAGAGUAAAAAGACCAUUUUUGAAAGAAAAAAAAUUAAUAGCAUUUUCGUGAAUAAUAUGAACUUGUGGGUGAAUAGGGCAAAAAAAAAAUCCAAAAAAACAUGGGUUAGUUUUAGGUUUGACUUUGCGUGUUAGGUCAUUUUUGCAAAUAACCCAAAAAACUGUAUAUGUUAUAAAAUUUAAAGCAAUCUAAUAUUUCGAAAUCCUAAUUAAAAAUAAAAAGAAAACUUCAUUUCAUAACAUCCAAAAAAAUAUUAUAUAUCAAUAAAAUUUACUAAAAUAAUAUGAUAGAUGCUACUAUGUAUAAAAUUUACUAAAAGAAUAGGACAAUAUUAUUUAAGCAAAACAAUUUUUUUAUUUAUAUAUUCUGUAAAAUACUAAAAUAAUAUAUUGUAAAGCAUAUUUUUUCAACACAACAUGUAAAUAUAAACUGUGUUAAGCAUAUUUCUUUUCUAUAAUAUAAAUAAAUAAAUUUAAAAAAAUUAUUAUAGCAAAAUGUAUAAAUUAAAGGAAAAAACAUAUUUUGAAAGAGGUUAUCUAUUUGAUUAUUUUAUAUUGUUAUUUUAUUGUACCUAACUCAAAAAUAUAUUACUAAGUAAUAAAAAAUAAUAACAAAGUAAAAUGUAUUAAACAUAUCACUAUAUAUUAAUAAUACCUAAUAAAAAAUUAUAAACAAUAAUAUUAUAAAGUUACACAAUAUAUAAUACUAAAAUAAAAAUUAUAUAUUUAAAAAAUUUGUAAUAAUAUCAAAUACAUUUAUAAAAUAAAAAAAUUUUGCACGGACUUGCGGGUUAAAUCUAGUUCUUCAUUAAAUCAUGACAAUAUUUUAUCAAACUUUAUAUAUUUUUUGGUUAGUAAGACAUCACAUUAUUAUUUAUAUAUUUACUAUGAUAAAUACACGAAAAUUAAAAUUCUUGAUAUAGAGCAGAGAUUAAGUAUAUCACUUAUGUAAAUAAGUUUUGGGGGUGAAUAUGCUAAAUGAUGAUCAUAUGAUAUACUAUUCUAACCUGAUAGUAUGAUAUCAUGUAAAUUAGAAUAUGCUAAAUGAUGAUCAUGUAAAAAGAAUGUUGAUAAAAAGAAGAACAACUAAAAUAAAUUAUUUAUUUUCAAUAUAUAUAUUAAACUGUUUGUUUAUCACGAUAAAUAAAUUGUAUAAUCUGGAUACAAUAUUUUCAUAUUAGUUACAUCUACUUUAGGUAAUAAAAAGAGAGAGAGAGAACGUUUUUCUCUCUGGUGUCUCUCCCCACUCUGCCGUCAAACCCUAGUUCCUCUAUCUCUGCCGUUCGUUUGCAAGGAGGCCGACGACACAGUUUUCACCGUUGGUCUCCUGCCCCACCGGUUUCUUCUUGUUCUAGCCACACCCACCGAUCCUAUCUUACGGCGUCGCUUCCUUCUUGUUCCCGUGUCUCUAGAUCUCUGUUUUUUCAGACUUAAACGAAAGUAGAAGUGUGUGCUUCUCUUUCCUGGAGCGCGGCGAGGUCGCGAGCGUUUGAAACCACCGGUGGCCUUGAUCUUCUGACUCUUUAGUGCGUAGGCGUUGGAUCUGGGUCAGAUCUGAAUCGCUAGUCAUCGAGUUUUAGGUUGAGAAAGUAGCUACCUCUCCUCCUUUCUCCGACCAGCCUCCCGACGAGUUCUAGGGCUAUGAAGCUUCAAAAGGUGUAGAGCCUCUCCUCAGGGGAUUCGUCCUCAGAGAGCGGCGGAGUUGUGGUCUCCGUUGAGGGUCUCUGAAUCUAGUUUCAGGUAUCAUUACCAUGGCUCUCUCCUGUCAACUUGGUUCAGGUCUCUCUCUGUUGAGUUUAGGGUGGUUGGAUGUUUAGGGUUCUCUGAGGACAGUCCCGAUGCCUCUACCUCUUGAUAUCCCACGACUGAGACUUGCCAUUGGUGGGACUAGCCUGUUUUGAGGGUCUUCGGACUUCUCCUGUUCUUCAUCUCCUUUUUCAAGCUCCGGUUUGUCUUUCCGAUAGCUGUGAUGUGUUAGUUUAUCUCUUGGGUCGCGUAGUCGGAUUGGGGUGCAUUAUACCGAUUACGCUUGACCAUCGUUUCAUGUGCUCUAUUUCAAGUGAAGACAUCUUGGCAAGUUAGACAGCUACUUUCCGAGUGGCAUUGGGUUUGGUUUCAACGAAGUUCCUCCUCAGCUAGCACCGGAGUGUAAGCCAGGAUCUCCGUCGUCGCAACUUGAGAGACCUUGCCGUCCCCGUUUAGCCAAACUCCUCUCUCUGCAGGUUUCGUUCAGCAAAGAGUUUAGGAAGCGGUUGAGUUAGGAAAUUAGUUGAUAUUUGUUGUUAAACUUUAAUUCUAAGUGUAUUGUUGCAAUAUCUUUAGAUCUUUAUGGAUGCUAUAGGUUUUUUUUUUUUUUUUGCGGUCUCUAGGAUCAGAUCAGCUCUUUGAGCAAUCUUAGAUUUUAAUUUCUAUUGUAAUCAAACUUUCAUUAUUUAGUUAAUGAUAUUUACAAUUUAGCAAAAAAAAAAUAAUAAAAACAAACACAACAGCGAUUCAACCAAUGACAAGAGAUGAGGUUAUGACUUCUACGCCAUUCUAGAAAACUUCCGAAACUACUCUAUGAAUGUGAAAGUCUUGUUCCAAUAUUCUUACACCAUUUUAUUUUAUUUUAGCAAAUUUUCCCAAGUCUUCUUUCCAUUCAACUGCACGUGAGAAUCAGUAGGUGAAUCUUUUAUUCAUAUAAACACACAACUUUAAGCAACCGUCGAGAAUUAUUUUGUUUUAUGAUACUUUUAUCGGAGAAGAUACCACGUUGGAAAUAUAAAAGAGACUUGAGUAAUAUAUAAGGAACUUGGGUUAAUUCACUAAUUGCCAAUUAGUUUUUAAGUUGGAAGCCCAAUUCCUUUAUAUAUUACUCAAGUCUCUUUCAUAUUUCCAAUAUGGGAUUUUCUCUCCAACAAUUAGUGGAUUGGCUCAAGUCCCUUAUAUAUUACUCAAGUUUCUUUCAUAUUUCCGAUGUGAGAUCUUUUCUCCAAUAGCUUUACAUUAUAUUACUUGGAUAUGUGAUUUGACUCUGAUCAAAAUUCUCAAAGUAUAUACGAUACAUCUUAGGUCGGCUGUUGCUAUACAAAAAUUGCAUUAAAAACUUUGCGCACAAAACGGAUAAAAACUUUGCCUGCGUUGAAACAUCGGAUAUAACAUUUUUCUUCUUUGGUAAAACAUCGGAUAAUAUAUUCUUUCUUUUAGAAAAAAAUCAAAUAUAUUAAAAUAAAUCUGAAAACAAACACAAGGAUCCGAAUACAAAUUGAUUCACACAAAAUUACACAAUUCAACUAUUUUCACUCUAAGUUCGCUCAACCCAUUUUCCUGGCGUGUUCUACUAAAACGAAUUUAAUGUCCUUAUGUAUCAGUAACCGUUCUCCACCUUUGACGAUGAUCGUGAAAACAAGAAAUUCACCUAAUUUUCUUGGAUGUCGGGGCCUUCCCGUUUCGUCCAGACUAUCUAGAUAUCGAGGAGUUCAUCUAAGUUUGCACUUAUAGCCGUCACUAAAGCGUAAGACGUAAAAGAGGAAAGGAUGGUCAAAACCACUUACCAGAGUGAACUCUAAAACCCGAUCGUUCCUACUUGAAUCCAACGUUAAGGACCGGUAAGGGACAAGAAAUCGUAAAGGAAUCCUAAGCCAAUAACCGGAAUGCAGAAAAACGGGUGUGAGAAAGCAGCUGCAACUAAACCCGGAGAAAUUUUUAGACCUACAAAAAUUAUUAGCAUGGUUACUCCACCAAGCAACCAAUUGACUGCCCCCAGUAUUGGGAUAAAUUAUUAAGGAAUAUGUAUCCCACAUUGGAAAAUCAAAGGGACAUUAAGUAAUAUAUAAAGGGUUAGGGCCAAUCCACUAAUUGCCAACUGGUUUUGAGUUGGAAGCCCAUACUAAACCCGAAUCUAACAUGGUAUCAGAGCCCAGAUCCUAAUAAGUUAAACCUCUAAUUAAUAUUAACCCUACCCGACCAAGUAUAUAGGUCGUAAUUGACUCGCUCGACCGAGUAUAACUGUCUUAAAAAGUUUCCGAGAUUUCUGGCCGAUAUGAGCCAUCAUCUGGAGGAGGGGUAUUAAGGGAUAUGUAUCCCACAUUGGAAAAUAAAUGGGACAUUAAGUAAUAUAUAAAAGGCUAGGGCCAAUCCACUAAUUACCAAUUGGUUUUGAGUUGGAAGCCCAUAAUAAACUCGAAUUGUUGUUUUACUUAACUUGGUAUAUAAACCAAGCUUUCUGAUCAAUAAAACAUAACUUUCUUUGAUCCCAAACUAGAAUUUGUCAUGGUAUUGGAGAGAAGAUCCCACAUCGAAAAUAUAAAAGGGACUUGAGUAAUAUAUAAGAGACUUGGGCCAAUCCACUAAUUGCCAAUUGGUUUUAAGUUGGAAGCCCAUAAUUAACUCAAUUCUAACAUGGUAUCAGAGCGGGCCCAAUACCCUGAUCCAUUAAUACGGCCCGGACAGUGGCCCGAUCAUCCCAUUAGUUGAUGGCCCAUAGAAGGCUCAGUUUCACCGAGAUCGCUAAAACAUAAAGCAUGAUUUCAGAGGAAGUAUGAUGGAUUCUGCGAGAUUAAUGGUUAUACGCACCAUUAUCUCGAGGGAGGGUAUUGGAGAGAAGAUCCCACAUUGGAAAUAUGAAAGGAACUUGAGUAAUAUAUAAGAGACUUGGGCCAAUCCACUAAUUGUCAAUUGGUUUUAAGUUGGAAGCCCAUAAUUAACUCAAUUCUAACAAAUCACCCUGCCGAAAGGAGUUACCAAGGAGCAGAAAAUCCAACUGACUAGCUGAACUCUCCAUGACUUCCGCGAAUCACCUCAUUUAAGAACUAAAGAAAUAUAAUUUAAGCUGUCUGAAGGUAAGAACUGGUGACACCAGAUCUACCCAACACAGUAAACUGCAAAAGCUAAACAUCAGGGACAUAGUCGACAAAGAUCCAAAGAUGGAACCGUAUUGAGAGCCGGAAGAGGAAAGUUGAUUGAGCUAGAUCAAAGAUAAAAUGAACCACCACCAGAAAAAUCAACACACGUCGAUUCCUAAAAUAGAGAACGCUUCCGAACAAAAGAAAAUUCAUAAGAAAUCAAGACAGUUUCCGAAACAGUCGUGUCUCACCAAGACGCCAAAGCAGAACCAACAACCCCAUAAGUGCCGCGCAAAGCUGCCAGCCGAGAGAAGCAUAUGAGAAAGAAUGCUCAUUGGAAUGCAACAAGAGACAACCUUCCCCCACCUUCACAAGCCACCACCUCUCCAAGCAGUUUAAGGAACCGCCUGCAAAACCCUGAAAAACUGACCCCGCCGACGACACUUUCUACACACACCGCGCCAAGACUCCGUCACAUACCUGAAACCAAACUUAAAUGCAUUUCCUCUCGAGAAGAGCCGUUGUCGGUUGACCCACCAGGAACAUAAUUGAUGAACAAAGUAAAAGAUAAAAAGAGGAGAAGAAGAAGAAGAAGAAAACCAUACGGUCGCGGAGCAAAAUGCAAUUAUUUUUUAGAUUUCAAAAGGAAAGAGAGACAAAAAAAAAAAAGAGGAAAACUACAAUUUAAAUAUUGGAAAAGUCUUUGCUUGUGUUGAAACAUUUAUGUAAGCAAAAGUUAAUAAAAAAAGUAAAAAAACAUUUUUAUACGUUUUAUUAAUCCAUUAUUUGCUUUAUGUGUAUCAAUUUGGAAUAAUAAAUUUCAGAUUAAAUAAAAAUGUAUAGUCUUUAAAAAAAAUGUAGUCUUUGAUCUCAUCCACCGGUCACCUUUUUUGCCUGCUCACAUGAUGCUUUACAAUUUUUUUUGAGCAAUCAUUCACACACCACAACAUCAAAUUAUUUAGUAGGGCCAUAAAAUGAUCUGAUACGGCAUGGAUAUGAUAAAAAGAAAGAGCAUCUUCUUGUUUAAUUAACACUAACAAACAUAAAACUAAAUUCAGUCAAUAUUAGCGAUUUAUACGAAAUUGUUUUACGACGUCAUAAAGUAGAUAACUUUACCUUUUAGAAGUUUCUAUGGUUCACAUUUGGCGGCAUCUCGCUGUUUGUCAACUCAAUCGUGUUCUCUAUAAAUAAUAACUAAUGAUUCAUCAUCUCUUCAUCCUCACAUCUAACAAUAUUUAAUAUCUCGUUUUUCCUUUUCUUCGCAUCUCUGCAAAUCAAUAUGGCUAAGUUCACAACCAUUUUUAUCAUGGCCCUCCUUCUCUGCUCAACGCUAACAUACGCAGCCCGGCUGACUCCGAUGACAACCACCUCCUCUUCCAGAGAAGACUCCGUCAAGGAAACUGAAGGAGUUAAAGCUGCAGAAGAAAACUGCAAAGGAAUUGGAGAAGAAGAGUGUUUGAUUAGACGAACUCUUGUUGCUCACACCGAUUACAUUUACACCCAGAAUCACAAGCACUAGAUCUAUAUGUAUUAAGCCAUAUAGUUAACUAGUAACAUUAUUAAACUCUAUCCCUAUACUUUCGGUUCUCUGUCCUUUUUCCAUUUUUGAAUUUCGUUGUUGCUAUUUUCAUUUCUGUUAUAUUACUAUUUCUGUUAUAUUACUAAGAGAGAUUAUUAUUCACAUUCGUUUGCAUAAUCAUGGGUUUUAAAAUAGCUU